UCCCAUCAGGCUCCGCUCCACCUAACGGGAAGGUACGACGGCUGCUUAAUCUUUCAUUGGAAAAAAAGGUGAAAGGCGAGACGAACGGGUAUAAUUUGUCUUCGCCUCUCGGCCUGCAGCCAGAAUGAUCCACAGCCUGUUCCUAGUCAACGCCUCAGGGGACAUUUUCCUGGAGAAGCACUGGAAGAGCGUGGUCAGCCGCUCCGUGUGCGACUACUUCUUUGAGGCCCAGGAACGAGCCACUGAGCCGGAGAACGUCCCACCUGUGAUCCCCACGCCGCACCACUACCUUAUCAGUGUGCUCCGACAUCGCAUCUAUUUCGUCGCCGUCAUCCAGAGUGAGGUCCCUCCGCUUUUCGUCAUCGAGUUCCUGCACAGAGUUGUCGACACAUUCCAGGACUAUUUUGGAGUGUGUACAGAGGCGGCUAUCAAGGACAAUGUGGUUGUGGUCUAUGAGUUACUUGAGGAAAUGCUAGACAAUGGUUUUCCACUGGCGACAGAGUCCAACAUCCUUAAAGAGCUUAUUAAGCCCCCCACUAUCCUCCGCACAAUGGUUAACACUAUCACAGGUAGCACCAAUGUGGGUGAACAGCUCCCUACAGGCCAGCUGUCAGUGGUACCAUGGCGACGCACUGGGGUCAAGUACACCAACAAUGAAGCUUAUUUCGAUGUGGUGGAGGAGAUUGAUGCUAUCAUUGAUAAAUCAGGCUCUACUAUCACGGCAGAAAUUCAGGGAGUUAUUGAUGCCUGUGUGAAACUGACCGGCAUGCCCGACCUCACGCUGUCAUUUAUGAAUCCUCGGCUGCUUGAUGAUGUCAGUUUCCACCCGUGUGUUCGGUUCAAGCGCUGGGAAGCUGAGCGGAUCCUCUCUUUUAUCCCACCUGAUGGAAACUUCCGGUUACUUUCCUACCACGUCAGCUCUCAGAACCUGGUGGCCAUCCCAGUGUAUGUAAAACACAACAUCACCUUUCGCGAGGGAAGCUCCCAGGGGCGUUUUGACUUGACCCUGGGUCCCAAACAGACGAUGGGUAAGGCUGUGGAGUCAGUCCUGGUUAGCAGCCAGCUACCACGGGGCGUCCUCAACGCCAACCUCAACCCCUCACAGGGAACGUACACCUUCGACCCAGUCACAAAGAUGUUGUCUUGGGAUGUUGGGAAGAUCAACCCUCAGAAGCUCCCAAGUCUGAAGGGCACCAUGAGCCUGCAGGCUGGGGCCUCGAAGCCGGACGAGAACCCCACUAUCAACAUCCAGUUCAAGAUCCAACAGAUGGCCAUCUCAGGGCUGAAGGUGAAUCGUCUGGACAUGUACGGUGAGAAGUACAAACCUUUCAAAGGCAUCAAGUACAUGACGAAGGCUGGCAAGUUCCAGGUCCGGACAUAAAGACUACUGCUCUGAGACAACCGGACCAAAACCACCACAGGACUGAGGGGUGAUGUGGCGGGGGGGACGGGGAGUUGGUACAUUCCCUUGGUAUAUGCAUUUCAGGAUUUACCUACAUACACUGGAGGCUCCUUGUAGCAGUUGAAAGUGGACCAUUUCACCCAGAGAACACAGGAAGGGUCAGAUAUUCAGUAAAUAUGUUGGAGCUUUGACUGAAUCUGCACAUUGAAACCAGCUUAAUGAUACAUAAUGUUAUGUUUGCACCAUUUUUCACUGAUAAUUUCAGUCUUGCGUCCAAUGAAAACCAAAUAUUUGCCUGUAAAGUAAAUGCCCGCUGGGGUUUGGUCAGGUUAAGUUCAGGCUGCUUUAGUUGAGAAACUGGUCCGUCCACCUCUUUUCCUCACGGUAUUUCAUUAUCAGUAUGUUUAUCUGGAUAUAGGCGUGUCAGUGACUUCCAUUCAGGACAAUAAUAAUGCUGGAUGUUUGACCAACAGUACUAAAUUGUGAAUGUGUGGGUUAUGUAAUACGGCCUUUUCUCUUGUCAGAAAACCUCUGCAUCAAAGAGAAUUACCUCACAGUGCAGUAAUACACCAAAUACUGAAGACACCAGAGGCAGUGUCUGAAAGUUUUUCCUGUUAAGCCUCUACUGUUCACAUAAACUACUGAUGAAUAUUGUUCUGUUUUUCCCUUUUUGUGUACUUUUUAGGGUAAGAGCCCUGUUACCACUUUUUUUUUUUUUUUUUUUUAACUUCCCCUUAGCCUCUUCCCACACCUUUGUCAUUUUUUUCUGUGUUUUUGAUUGAAAUUCAUAUUUUCUCAAUUUCAUACUUGACCAUUUUUGUCCUCAACACUGGAACAUAACAUGAGAAUGUGAAACUGAAGCCGUCCUCAUGAGAAAAUCAUGGAUUUUCUCAUCUGUGUGAAGUGAACUGGGUGUUAAGAUGAGCUGUUCAUUAGGAAGAUUGUUCUUGUCAGGUACAUGCUCUCCUUUUUAUUCAAGUUAUUUAUUAAUCAUAGGAGAUGAUAAAUUCUGUCAUUAAAUUAUUGAAAGCUUCUGAAUCAGCACCUUCUGAAUUAAUUAGACCAAGGGAUGCUACUGAAUAUAUUGCAAAUU